AUGGAAUGCCUACGGAACCUUCUGCUGGUGCUGGUGCUGGUGCUGCUAGAACAUUUUUUUGCCUUGACUGUGGUGGCCAGCGGGAAGUCCGUCAACUCGGAUCGGGCAGUAUCAAUGUAUCAUACCGUACGUACCGUAUCAGGCUUCAAGCACGGCCAGAAGAUCCGGUACUUAACCUCCGGCUUCAACCUCCGAGCCUUGACCCCCGACCCCCGAGCCACGACCCCCGAGCACACGAGGAACCGGGGCGAGCGAGAGGCAGAGACACCGGAGCGAGCGGGCGGGCGUGGGGCAGAGACAUUAGCUAGCAUGGACAUUGGAACCCCAGGUUAUGUCCGGUAGAGGUACCUAAAGCAUUUGACAAAGCAACUCCACCAAACCCCCCGCAAAACAGAAAUGACAGUCCAAAUGUACUAGGUACUUAGGUAGGUAGUAUGUAGCCCUCUUCUUCUCCAAAAGGUGUGUACUUACUUACCUCUACUCGGUACGUACUAUGGGGUAG